ACGGAGACAAAUUUUCGAAUGUUUCGUCAAACUACUCGUAUUUCGAAUGAAUAAUUCGUUGCGAGUGGAUCGUCGUGGAGUGAGAUAUGGUUCGAGUGAUUUGAAAAAAUUAGUGAUUUUUUGUGAAUUAAUUUUAUAUGAAGAAGAAAUAUUGUAGUACAAUGGAACGGCGCAAAACGACUGACCAAAUCAAACAGGAGCACAUAAUGUUGGAAGAAACGCCACGAAUCAUGUACGUAGGACACAAAACAGGCAUAGAAGAACCAAACUUGGGAACCAUUGCAGAAGAAGAUAGCAAAAAUUCGAUCACGUUGUUGAACUCGAUAAAUUACGAAACAACUGAAAACACCGAACCAUCACAGUGCUGCAAAUUCGAACGUACUUUAAACAAUCGUCCAAAGAAUUUUGAAUCUGAAAGAGAUUAUAAGAAAUCUGCGUGUGAUCGAGAAAGAACCAGAAUGAGAGAUAUGAAUCGAGCAUUUGAUCAAUUACGAGAAAGAUUACCUCAAUGCAAACCACCUGGUAAAAAAUUAUCGAAAAUAGAAUCUCUUCGCCUCGCUAUUCGUUACAUACGACAUUUGCAAGCUGUGCUGGACUAUGGACCAGAUUAUGAGAACAAGUUGUACGCUGUGCCAUAUACUCAACAGCUAUCCCCCACAGCUGGAGGUUAUUACUCGUAUCCGCAAUAUUACUGCGCUUCUCCUUUGCAACCAAAAUGUUGGGAAUAUUCUAACAUGUAAAAUUUAAUAUGUAUCGCAUCAAUUUCAAUAUUUUUUCUAACUUAUUGAACACUGUUUUAGUUGUCUAGAUAAUUAUGAAAAUGUAAAAUCGACCGGAUGAUGAUAUUCUAUGUCAGAAUGUGGAAUUGUACAGUUCUUAAUCGGUAGGUAUUUAAUUCUGUACAUAAUUUAGAAUAAUAAGGUAAUACUCGCUCUAGUUUUUACCCCCCCCCCUUUGCGGACAUUUUUGUGAAAAAUGAGCCUCCAAAGACGGUCAUGAAUCGAUUCGUGAAAACCCAGGGUGUCUAACAAAAUUUCUCCGAAGAAAUGCAGUACUUUCACAGUACCUUUUGCAUUACCUUCUUUUUUUAAAAUCCAGCUCACACCGACCCGACCCCCCCCCCCCGAAAAAGAAUAUAUUUUUGAACCGGUUGGAAUUUUUCGAUAAAAUUUUUACGAGUGUUGAUUUAACAAGUGUUGCCAUCUUUUGAGGUACAAAAUGAACAUUUUUUUAAAAAUUUUCACCAAUUAAUUCAUUUUGAGGUUUUUACUUGCAGUACCUGCAGUACCUGUUGGACACCCUGAAACCAUACCUAUUAUUAUGUUUCGUGCCCGUUUGAACAGCUUCAUUUUCCAUUGAAUGCCAUGGUUCAUCAGGAGACCUUGAGAAAUAUGAUGCGAAUAUUUUAGUCGAUUUUUCUUAGAGGGAAAAAAUAAAUAUGUAAAGAAGUUUGCUUUGAUUAUAAGGAUUUCCAUCAAAAUGAGUUUGUUGAGUACAGUACAUCACUGAACUCUACACAAUCCGGUCCAUGAGAUGAGCUAAUUAUGCUUCAUCACAACUGUUUGGACAACAUUUCAAAGGGAGCUUAAAAACAAAGAAAACCCAUAAUUAUUUUGUAUCUUCAAUUUCCCUUUCCCUCUACCUCCCUAUUUUCAGAACUUUCGAUCGCUGACGACUAUGAAAGUGCGAUGUAAAUAUUAUUUUUAUUUUUGGGAAAGUAUUUCAACGCAUGACCUUGAAUAGUGUCCAAAAAACACUUGCUACAGUCGAUAUAGGUACGUCAAAAAUGUAGACCAAAAAAAAUUGAAGAAGUAUAAAUCGAACUUUGGUUUACUUUUGGAUGACUAAAUCGUCAAUUUUGGACGACUUUUUUUCAGUAGGUUUGAAAUAAUUCUACUUUCACAAUCUUUUUUCAUGAUUGAAUAUUUUUGGAAAAUUACGCUAAAUUUUUACAAUUUUUCAUCUAUUUUCAGCCCAUUUAAAUAAUUUUUAAGCAAUUUUCCCCGUUUAAUUUUCCUGAUUUUUCCAUCAAUUUAUGGUAACUUUCAGUGACAGGAAGGUCAAUUCAACAAUAUAACAGUAACACUUGAAAACAUAAAAUCAAAGCAAAGAACUUUCAUAGCAAAUUUCAACCACAAAAAAUUUCCAAAAAUACGUUUCUUGUGAAAAAAAGUGUUUAUCUACAUAGCAGUCCGGCAAUUUUGAAGCCCAGAAAUACGUCUAUUAAAUUUUUUCAAUAAAAAUUCGAGCAAAUAAUCUUUAUAAACUCCCAAUUUGAUUUUUCAAUCGUUUAAAUCUUCAAUAAUGUUGUUACAGUUCGAGGGGGGGGGGUAUAAAAAUAACAAAUUCAUUUUUUUGUAAUUAUUCAUUUUUUUUUUUUGGCCAACCUAAUAUUAAAUCAAAACUGUUACAAAAUACUGAAUCUUGUUAAGCAAUGCAAUGUGUUCUGAUUUCAACAAGCUUUUCAGUGUUUAUCUAAGUGGGUAAUUCUCAAAAAAAAAAAAAAAAAAAAGAAAAAAAGAAAAACUAAAUUUUGGAAUGCAUAAUUUAAAAAAAAAAUUGAAAAUAAGAUCAUUAGUAUCGAUGUCUUUGAUCUAUUUUGAGGCGUUUGUCUGAAUUCAUUCCUCAAGGAGGAGACUGCAUUCGGGGAAAUGCCUUGGAACCAAUCCUAGUUUGUCAGAACUUUUUGAAGAAGACUGGGGAUGUGAAUUUACGAAAAAAAAACAAAAAAAAAAACAAGUCGAAAAACAUUUUGUUUUUUGCACGACAGAUCUCACAGAUAAUUCCAUUUAGAAACCAGCUUCUGCGUCAACUUUCGAAACAACGGAAAAGAAAUACAUUUCUAUAAAGUCAAUGAACCUAAUAUGGCAACUCAAUAGAAAAACAUGACACUAUUACAUUCAUUUUCAAAUACAAUACAUGCUGUGUGACCGACAACUCGAAGAACAAUUAGGGUGUAAAAUGGAAUGUGCACCAAUUAAAGGAGACACUGAAAAUUUUCAAUACCAGAUAUGGUGUGUGGGUGUUUGGGAGGAGGGGGAGGGGAGGGGAUGAUCCAAGCAUUAACCAAAAAAAAAGGUUCGUGAUUAACUCUUUGGGAAAUUUGCCAUUUACAUAAACGAAUUUCACAGUUUUUAGAGAAUUACACCAGCUCCAUUAGAUAAAAAAAAAAAAAAAUCCAAAAAUCAGCAUGUCCAACAAAACUUACAGACAAAAAAUCAUGACUUUUUCAUGACCUA